CCCCCCAUAUCCCAGGGCCCCCCAUAGCCUGGCGCCCCCUGGUGCCUCCACUUCCAGGCACCCCCCUAGCCCGGCGCCCCCGCAGCCCGGCGCCCCCAAUCCCAGCGCCUGGCGCGCUCGCGGCUGGGCGAUGAGCGAGCUCAAGGACUGCCCACUGCAGUUCCACGACUUCAAGUCGGUGGAUCACCUGAAGGUUUGCCCGCGCUACACGGCCGUGCUGGCCCGCUCCGAGGACGAUGGCAUCGGCAUCGAGGAGCUCGACACGCUGCAGCUGGAGCUGGAGACGCUGCUGUCCUCGGCCAGCCGCAGGCUGCGGGUGCUGGAGGCAGAGACGCAGAUUUUGACAGACUGGCAGGACAAGAAGGGGGACAGGCGGUUCCUGAAGCUGGGCAAAGAGCAUGAACUGGGCACUCCAGUUAAACACGGAAAGCCCAAGAAGCAGAAACUAGAGGGGAAGGGUGGCCAUGGCACAGGGCCCGGCCCUGGGCGGCCCAAAUCCAAGAACCUCCAGCCCAAGAUCCAAGAAUAUGAGUUUCCAGAUGACCCAGUUGACAUGCCUCGGAUCCCCAAAAACGAUGCCCCAAACAGGUUCUGGGCUUCAGUGGAGCCCUACUGUGCUGACCUCACCAGUGAGGAGGUGCGAACCCUGGAGGAGCUGCUCAAACCCCCGGAGGAUGAGGCUGAGCACUACAAGAUCCCAGCGCUGGGGAAGCAUUACUCCCUGCGCUGGGCCCAGGAAGACCUGCUGGAGGAGCAGAAGGACGGCUCCCGGGCCGCGGCGGCGGCUGAGAAGAAGAAAGGCACCCUGGGGCCGUUAACCGAGCUGGACACAAAAGACGUGGAUGCGCUGCUGAAGAAGUCUGAGUCCCAGCAGGAGCAGCCCGAGGACGGCUGCCCGUUUGGGCCCUUGACGCAGCGCCUCCUGCAGGCACUUGUUGAGGAGAACAUCAUCUCGCCCAUUGAGGACUCCCCGAUCCCAGAGCUGGCGGGCAAAGACUCGGGAGCUGAUGGUGCCGGUACUUCACCCCGCAGCCAGAACAAACCCUUCAGCGUCCCCCACACCAAGUCCCUGGAGGGGCGGCUCAAGGAGGAGCUGAUUGCCCAAGGCCUGCUGGAGUCCGAGGACCGCCCCCCUGAGGACUCAGAGGACGAGGUCCUGGCAGAGCUGCGCAAGAGGCAGGCUGAGCUCAAGGCGCUCAGCGCUCACAACCGGGCCAAGAAGCAGGAGCUGCUCAGGCUGGCCAAGGAUGAGCUACACCGGCAGGUCCUGCGGCAACGUGUGCGCAUGGCUGACAACGAGGUCAUGGACGCCUUCCGCAAGAUCAUGGCGGCUCGCCAGAAGAAGCGCACGCCCACCAAGAAGGAGAAGGACCAGGCCUGGAAGACCCUGAAGGAGCGCGAAAGCAUCCUCAAGCUCCUGGAUGGCUAAUGGGGAAGUGCCACACCCUGCCCUGUCUCUCCAGACUGGCUGCCCAGCUGGGCUCCCUCUGCCUGCACAGACUGCUCCACGCUGGGGACAGGGAGGCUCCAACCCGGGGCCUUAGCAGUGACUUCCCUGGCCCUGUCUCAGUGGGGCUGGGUACAGGCUCAGCUCUCUCUGCCUGGGGCCAAGCUGGAGGGGUUUGCCAGGCCCUAGGGCAGAGCCCCCAUGCGUGUCUCCACCUGUGGCUCUGCACCUGGUAGCACCUCCCUGAGCAGCUCUCUGUACUCCCCCUUCUCCCUGGGGUGCUCAGCUUCUCUGUAUCUCCCUUCCCUUCCAUGCUGUGCAAGGGGCGCUCUCCCUUCCCAGCCACCGGUGAGCCUGCUCCCUGGAGCAGGUGAUCUGCAGGGACGGGUGCUGUGCAGGGCUGGGACAGGGCCCAGGGCCCUUCUCCUAGGCCUGUUCUUUGGAUCCCCGCUGCAGCCAAGGGCAUCAGAGGGCUCCCUCAUCCGUCUGCCUGUAGGCAGCACCCUUUCCUUUCUGGCCAUUGAUCCAGAGCACUUGUCUGGCUGCCCGAGAGAGCCACCCAUCCGCCCCAGGACCGCACAAGCACAGCUGCCUAUCUGGAAGGAUCACUGGUCCCUCGGGGGCAGUUCCUGCUGCCUCCCUCCUGGUCACAUGGGCAAGGGCAGGGGCUGACCAGCCCUGCUAGCAUAGCCCCAGCCUCCAAAGGGCCUGAAGCCAAGCAGGGAGCUGCUGCCUGGAGAAGGGGCUGGCUUAACCUGUGGCUGGGUGCCCCCCACGUGCCCAGUUGUGAGCAGCAGAGGGUGCUGUGACCCUGGGAACAGCCCAGUUUCCCUUGUGCCGGCUGGGCCCUGCCAUCCAUGACAGCCAUGACAUCAGCUGUGCUGCAGCCUCCAGUCUCACUGCCUGGAGUGCCUCCGUGGGGCGGGUGUGUAGCCCUGGGGGUGGGGAGGACACAGACCUGCUUGGACAGUGCAUCUCUGUUCCACUUCCAACUCAGUCCCCAGGUGUGGCGAGAGUUGCCAAAGCAGGGGGCUCUAGCUGUGUCCCUGUCCCCUUCCCUGGGUGGGGGGCUGGCCUCUGGGGGAGGGGGGCUAGAAGGCUCCAUGGCCGGAGGCUGUCCAGCCACAGGAGGGAGCUGCCGAAGUGUAAUGGGAAGCUGAGGCCCGAAGGGCAGCCCCUCGCUUUGCCUCAAGCCAGCGCAGCAGUGGGGGUGGGCAUGCAGCAGAGCAGAGGGAGCCUGGGGCAAAGGGGGAAGUAGCGCACCCCUGCUGUACAGGUCGCACCAGGGCAGAUCUGGCGGUGCUGGCUGGGCAGGAAGAUGGUAGCAAAUGGAGGGGCAGGGGGUGGCUGAAGUGCAGGACCUGGAUCUGUCUCUGCACACAGAGGCCCCCGCUCCACCUGGGCCCCCCGCCGUCCUGCACUCAGCUGCAGAGGUGCCCCGUAUGAGGCUCGCCCUUGAGGGGAGGCACAGGCUGUGCCUGGCUGGGAGAGCACCUUAGUCCUAGCUUGUGGAGCUCCUUCUGCUGUAGUAGCCGUCCCCUGGGAGGGCAGGGACACUAUGGCUGGGGCUGUGCCACUGGGCAGAACCCAGAGGGCUGGAGCUGGGGCUAGGCAGGGUCCUAGGCUCCCCUCUUCUUAGGGGGAGCAGCCCAGUUGCUGCUGAGAUUUGAGGCUCUGGGGGUGGCCGCUGGGCUCUGCAUGACAGCUUUUAGCUGAUGGGGCAGGGGAGGGAUGAGGUGCCCAUGCACUCGUCUCAUGUCAGUGCCCAGCACCACUGCC